GAUUAAAAAAGGUGGGUUCUUUUUUCUCUUUUCAAGAUGAAAUAAGAACCGGUCAUGGGCCUAUCAAAAUCUUGAUGAGUGCGUCAGAACGGCGUCGUUCUGUCUUUCUAAGUCAUCCAAUACUUUGAGGCGUGUGAAAAGGGGGUGUAGAAUCUAAAAUACCAUCAUCAGGAUUCAGGAUGCUAUCAAGAGAGGAGUUGCUACAUCUAUUCGAUCGAUUCUCUGCUCUCAUCUCUCAGCCUGAUGUCAAGAAACGUAUUGCAGAUGCUGUCAACGAUAAUCAGGAAGCUGUAGCUGUGACUACCACAAUCCAGGAGGAAAUACUUAAAGAGAUGGGAGUUGAUCCAGCAUAUGGCCUUGCUUGCUUGGGGAAAAUAAACAUGGACUAUGAAAAUGAUCAAGAUUUGAUGGUUUGCUUUUACAGCUUCGUAGCAAAGGAAGAGAUGGCAUGUGAAGAAGCCGAGCUUGGGCCAGAUGAAUAUUGUGAGAGAUUGGAAAUGCAACACAAGUUACAACAACAGCAACUGGAGAUGUUGAAAGAGAUGCGUAAUUAUGGUGUCGAUGAUCAGUCUGCUAUCUUAGACAUGCUGCGACAGCAGAUGGAGAAAGAAGAUUUUGAAAGCGAAUCGUCAUUGUUGGCGGUGGACCGAAUCCAAGACAUUGUUCAAAAUAGAGUGUAGUAGAGGGUUGUGGUUGUGAAGAGACCUUAAUGGAAAUAUUAUUAUGUAAAAACCCUUUUCUUUGGAAUUAAACAAGUAUCAAAAUGUUUGGAUGUUGA